AUGGCCCAGCCCCUCACGAAGAAGCCCAAUCAGGAGAUUCUCGAACACGAGCGCAAGCGCGAAAUUGAGCUGCAGGUCUUCCAGUGGGCCGAAGAGAAUGGCCUGUUCGAGGGGGGACUCGAUGAGGCCGACAUCCAGGCUCAAUUGGCGGCCAAGCGCGAGGAAUUGAAGCAGGGAACCCAGCUCGAUGAUGACAAGAUCCGUUCGAGUAACGAGACCCACAAGCUGGCGCUCGCCCAGCAGAAGAGGGCCGAGGCCUUCGGUCACGCGCUUGGCAUCUCGUCCGACUACGUCGAGGGAUCUGCCUUUGAUCGCGAGCUCCAGGAGCACAAGAGGGCGACCGAACGCGAGGAGCGCAUCAAGGAAGCCGUCCGCCGCGAGAAGAAGCGCAUCGAAGACGAGGAGAGGCGCGAGGAGGACCGAAGGCGCGAACGACGCCGAGAGCGCGAGCGCGAGCGCGAACGCCGCCACGUGGACCGCGAUCGCGACAGCGAUCGAGGCAGGGACCGCCACGACAGGGAGCGAGGCAGGGACCGUUACAGCGACAGCGAUCGCCACGACAGGGAGCGAGGCAGGGACCGCCACGGUGAGCGCGACCACGAGGAGAGUAGGAGGAGGAGGAGAGACGAGGUCGAUGAAGAGGUGGAGAAGAAGCGCACUAAGGGGGAAGACGAAGAGGAGGAGAAGGAGAAGAAGGAGGUGAAGGUGGAGGAGAAGAAGGAGGAGCGGGGCACGAAGAGGUCCAGCUCGCGUUCCGAUUCGAGCGACUCAGACAGUGGACGGGAUCGUAAGAGGGGCCGGAGGAGGAGGAGGCAUGACAGCGACAGUGACAGCGACAGCGCAAGCGAUUAG